AAAAAAAAAAAAAAAAGAAAGAAAUCACGGCCUGGACCUGCUGCCAAAUGGCUUCUCAAAUACUUCUUCCCUGGAGUUAAACUUGUUCAGACCAAGUGGGAAAAGACACCCAGGUUUUGGGCAAACUUUUUACACCUUUUUCUCACUAAAUUGAAGUACAUGAAAUUACCCACCAAGUAAUCUCUGCUUCUUACAAGGGCAGCAGUGACUACAGAAUGAAGAGAUUGUUAAAUAUGUUUUCCUCUUGGGAGUAGACGUGUCAACAUGAGAGAGGGGAUUAUGGUUCCCCCUAAUAGUAGGUAUCUUGAUAGAAACUAGCUUAAGCUUUAAAUACUUACUAGUAAUAUUUAAAGAAAGCUUUGUUAAUUCUAAUAUUGGCUUUUUUUUAGAGCUGUCAUUUUGUUUUGACGGAAAGCUAUUUAAUAUCCAUUCUAGUUCCUUUUCCUUCAGAGACCUUUCAAGGGAAGUCAUGUUUGUAUUGGUGGAAAUCUUCAGCAAAUAAAAUUAAAAGUCUCUUAUGUCUGAUUUGUGAAUGAAAUCCAAGGUUGAUUUUAAUACCAUCAUCAUAAAAUAAGUUAAAGGACAUUAUAUCACUGUGCAAUCAAAUGAAGCUAACCACGCUAUUAAGAUUAAUUUAAAUUAAAUUUUACUUCACUACUAAAAUAUUUUGAUUAAAUUCUAUCCUUGGACUUAUGAUUUUUUUCUCCAUUGAAAGUAAAUUUGUACUGGCAAUUUCAAAUACAACUCAUUGAUAGAAUACAAAAAUUAGGAUCAUUUAUUGCUGUCCAGAUCUACCUAACUUUCCCAACCUGUCAUAUUUUAUAGAGCAAAUAUUUGUGGGUUAUGGAGUUCAGCAUGAGACCUUUGCUUGUGAAAGUUUAUUAGCUGACUCCAGUUACACUGAUUUAUGCAGUAGUAAAUUUGAUGAAAGGGGAGGGAUUGUGUUUUACUGAUCAGAAAACACAUUGAGAGUUAAACUUGUAUUUCAAGUCUUCUGUGGGGAAUAUUUUCCUUAUAAAAAUGUUUUAAUGACACAAAUACCCAUUUGAUAGAAUAGAAAUAAAAGUCACUUAAGUAGUAUUAUAGAAGAGUUGCUGACCUUGGUUUGCUUUUUCCAUGAGGCCUAAAUAACUGUACGAGUAAUAAACAUAAAACUGGUGUUUCUUUUUCUCUCUUUAAAUAGAUGUACACAUAUGUAAAUAUACAUAGGGCAUAUUCUCUUAUAUCAUGUGCCUCUGAUCUGGUUUUCUUCUCUAUUUUCUGCCACUCAUCUUUGCUUAUUACACCUUAUAUUGUUUUUCUUUAAUAAAAUAAUACUUGUUCAGAGAGAUGUGAAGGGUUUUGAAGGGUUUAUUAAAAGGGGUCCUUUCCACAUCAUCCUCUCCUUGCCCUACUCUUCUGCAGAUCCUGGUGUGAAGAACUAAGAUGUAAACAAGAGAGACGAUUGGGUAGUGGUAAAUGGAGAGACAGCAUCUUGGCAUUGUCUUUCUUUCUCAUCGUUUCUCCUCUGAAGCACAUUCAAUUUUUUUUAAACAAAUUUAUUUUUUAUUGAUUUUUGGCUGUGCUAGAUCUUCCUUGCUGUUAGGUUUUUCUCUAGUUGUUGUGAGCAAGGGUUACUCUUUGUUGGGGUGUGAGGGCUUCUCAUUGCGGUGGCUUCUCUUGUAGGGGAGCACAGGCUCUAGGGCAUGCGGAUUUCAGUAGUUGUGGCACAUGGGCUCAGAAGUUGUGGUUCCCAGGCUGCAGAGCACAGGCCCCAUGGCUGUGGCCCAAGGGCUUAGUUUCUCCUCUGCAAGUGGGAUCUUCCCAGACCAGGGAUCAAACCGGUGUCCCCUGCAUUGGCAGAUGGAUUCUUUACAAUGAGCCACCAGGGAGGCCCCCAGCACAUUCAAUUUUGCUGUCCUUACUUCUGCUUUCUUUGGCAGACUGUCAAGAACAGCUAAAGAAAACCAAAUAGACUUGUGGAUCAGUGCUAUUACACAUGUAAGGUUUUUAGCCUCAGCCGAACCUCAGCAGAUCCUUUCACUUGUCUCCCAGUCAGCUUCCUUUGCCCAUCUAUCAUGGUGCUUAUAUUUGCAUGUGCUAUUCUUUUCCUGAAAUAUCUUUUUAAAAAGUUCCUCUUCAGAUAAACCCCAGUCAUCCUUCAAGACUGGCUGGAAUGUUACUUGAAUUUAUGAAGCUUUGCAGCUUGCCCCUUUUUUCUUAGCAUCUUCCCCAGGUCCUUCCCCUAGCCUAGCUACUGUCUUUCUUUUGCAUGCUUUUAGUGUGUCACAGGUAGCAUUGUUACUAGUGUUGAAACCUUUCUCUCCAACAUGCAGUUUCUGGAGGCCAUGUCCAUGCUUCAUUCAUUUUCUAGUCCAGUGGAGGGCAGGGGGUGGGGGAGGCAUGGUUGACAUCAGUCUAGGUUUGCUGAGUAAACCAAUGCCUUUGAAUAGGUUGUUGGUCUCAAAAUGUGGUCUGCUGGGGAAGCCAGAGUCGUCGUCUUCUUGACAUUUGUCACAAAUAUCUACCUGUUUAUAAUGGCCAUAGUUUAUUUAAAACACAUUACUGCAUGGUAAUAGCAUUAAGUGGUAAACAGAUGGAAGGGUGAGGAAAUAGUUCAAGUAAUAAUCUAGCUUUGCUCCUUUUAGAUAAGGCAAUAAAAUACCUUCAGGCAGAUAUCUUUUUUUUUUUUUUUUUUUUUAACAAGGUCUCUCAUUAGCUCCCAUAAUUUCUAUAAGUAAUUCCUGCCAUGGUGUGUUCGCAUCAGUAGGCUAUUUCUCUGUUUCUCUUCUUCCUGUUUCUUUUCCACCCUCCUCUUUUUUCCUCUGUGCUACUCCCUGUUGCCUCCUGACUAUGGCGUUCCUCUAAAAAUCUACAUAAAAUCUACAACUCCUUUCAGAUCUCUUUCCAUCGGCCACCUGCCAGCUGUUGAGGCAACAGCUGAUUCUCCUUAUAUAGUGAAAGGGUGGGGCCACAGAUUCACAGGUGCCAGGCUUCUGGUUCUUUUCCCUCACCAUGUUGAAAACCCAAGUUCCUUAUUACACAAAAUAGCCCAGCUGCCAUCUGUCUUGUUACUGGUGAUCAGGGAGGAGUUUUCUGUAGAAUGGUUCAUAGUGGGACUCAUUCUGGGGUGAGUAACUAGCAAAACUUACAAAUAUCAGGCAUUGGCAUUGGAGAACUCCAGAUGAGCAACAUAGCUGAGGACCAUGUUAUCUGGAUUCAGAUUUUGCUCAGAGUGAUUAUAAAGUUGAAAUGUUUAAGUGUUCAGUAAAUCGGAGGAAAAAAAACAUGGAGUUUUAGCAACUGAAGUGCAAAUUAAGGAUUCUGAAUUGGGUAUUGGUGUUUCUGUUUUGAAGAAUAUUUCUUUUUGAGCUGUUUUGUUUUUAAUCAUCCAUCUUGGGAUACAGAAAAAGAAUCAGAAAGACACUUAUUUUAAGUUUAGAAUUCUCGCUCCUGAGGCACCCUCACUGCCGAGCUCACAACAAUGUGGCCAUCACAGCUACUGGUCUUCAUGAUGCUCUUAGCACCGAUAAUUCAUGGUGGCAAACACAGUGAGCGACAUCCAGCCCUUGCUUCUGCACUGCGACAUGCUGAGCGCGGCCCAGGAGGCGCUCUACCUCCCAGACAUCUCCUUCAGCAGCCAGCUGCGGAGCGCGCCACUGCUCAUCGCGGACCAGGGCCCCGUGGAGCUACCAGAGGAGUUCGUGGUCCAGGUGCCCAUGGAGCUCAGAUCUCAGCCCAAGCUUUCAGCCGUGCCCCCAUUCCGAUGGCUGUGGUUCGCAGAGAGCUCUCCUGUGAGAGCUACCCCAUUGAGCUCCGCUGUCCAGGAACAGAUGUCAUCAUGAUUGAAAGUGCCAACUAUGGGAGGACUGAUGACAAAAUUUGUGACUCUGACCCUGCUCAGAUGGAGAAUAUACGAUGCUAUCUGCCUGAUGCCUAUAAGAUUAUGUCUCAAAGGUGCAAUAACAGAACCCAAUGUGCAGUGGUGGCAGGUCCUGAUGUUUUUCCAGACCCUUGUCCAGGAACCUAUAAAUACCUUGAAGUGCAGUAUGAAUGUGUUCCUUACAAAGUGGAACAAAAAGUUUUUCUUUGUCCUGGACUACUAAAAGGAGUAUACCAGAGUGAACAUUUGUUUGAAUCCGACCACCAAUCUGGGGCAUGGUGCAAAGACCCUCUUCAGGCUUCUGACAAGAUUUAUUAUAUGCCCUGGACCCCGUACAGAACUGAUACCCUGACAGAGUACUCAUCCAAGGAUGACUUCAUUGCUGGAAGACCAACUACAACCUACAAGCUCCCUCACAGGGUGGAUGGCACAGGAUUUGUAGUGUAUGAUGGAGCUUUGUUCUUCAAUAAAGAGCGCACCAGAAACAUAGUAAAGUUUGAUUUGCGGACUAGGAUAAAGAGUGGAGAAGCUAUCAUAGCAAAUGCCAAUUACCAUGAUACCUCCCCUUACCGCUGGGGAGGCAAAUCUGACAUAGACUUGGCAGUGGACGAGAAUGGGCUAUGGGUCAUCUAUGCAACAGAACAAAACAAUGGUAAAAUUGUCAUUAGUCAAUUGAACCCUUACACCCUACGGAUUGAAGGGACAUGGGAUACUGCAUAUGAUAAAAGGUCAGCGUCCAAUGCAUUCAUGAUAUGUGGAAUUCUGUAUGUGGUCAAAUCUGUCUAUGAGGAUGACGACAAUGAGGCCACGGGAAAUAAGAUUGACUACAUUUACAACACUGACCAAAGUAAGGACAGUUUGGUGGAUGUACCCUUUCCUAAUUCAUACCAGUACAUAGCAGCUGUGGAUUACAACCCCAGGGACAACCUUCUUUAUGUAUGGAAUAACUAUCACGUCGUGAAAUAUUCUUUGGAUUUUGGACCUCUGGAUAGUAGAUCAGGGCAGGCACAUCAUGGACAGGUAUCGUACAUCUCUCCACCAAUUCACCUUGACUCUGACCUGGAAAGACCCCCUGUUAGAGAAAUCUCUACCACAGGACCUCUUGGCACGGGAAGCACCACCGCCAGUACCACCCUUCGGACCACAACCUGGAGCCCAGGCAGGAGUACCACCCCCUCAGUGUCAGGAAGAAGAAACCGGAGUACCAGCACCCCAUCUCCAGCUGUCGAGGUGCUUAAUGACAUUACCACCCACCUUCCAUCAGCAUCGCCCCAAAUCCCAGCUCUGGAAGAGAGUUGUGAGGCUGUGGAAGCUCGUGAAAUCAUGUGGUUUAAGACGCGUCAAGGACAGAUGGCGAAGCAGCCAUGCCCUGCAGGAACUAUAGGAGUAUCAACUUAUCUCUGCCUGGCUCCUGAUGGAAUCUGGGACCCCCAGGGACCAGACCUUAGCAACUGUUCUUCUCCUUGGGUCAACCAUAUAACACAGAAGUUGAAAUCUGGAGAGACAGCCGCCAACAUUGCUAGAGAACUGGCUGAACAGACAAGAAAUCAUUUGAAUGCUGGCGAUAUCACUUAUUCUGUCCGGGCCAUGGAUCAGUUGGUAGGCCUCCUAGAUGUACAGCUCCGGAACUUGACUCCAGGUGGAAAAGAUAGUGCUGCACGAAGUUUGAACAAGCUUCAGAAAAGAGAGCGCUCUUGCAGAGCCUAUGUCCAGGCAAUGGUCGAGACAGUUAACAACCUCCUCCAGCCACAAGCCUUGAAUGCCUGGAGAGACCUGACUACAAGUGAUCAACUGCGUGCAGCCACCAUGUUGCUUGACACUGUGGAGGAAAGUGCCUUUGUGCUGGCCGAUAACCUUUUGAAGACUGACAUUGUCAGGGAAAACACAGACAAUAUUCAAUUGGAAGUUGCAAGGCUGAGCACAGAAGGAAACUUAGAGGACCUGAAAUUUCCAGAAAACACUGGUCAUGGAAGCACUAUCCAGCUUUCUGCAAAUACUCUAAAACAAAAUGGCCGAAAUGGAGAGAUCAGAGUGGCCUUUGUCCUUUAUAACAACUUGGGUCCUUAUUUGUCCACGGAGAAUGCCAGCAUGAAGUUAGGAACAGAGGCCAUGUCCACCAAUCAUUCUGUUAUCGUCAAUUCUCCAGUUAUUACAGCAGCCAUAAACAAAGAGUUCAGUAAUAAGGUUUAUUUGGCUGAUCCUGUGGUGUUCACUGUUAAACACAUCAAGCAGUCUGAGGAAAACUUCAAUCCUAACUGUUCAUUUUGGAGCUAUUCCAAGCGCACAAUGACAGGUUACUGGUCAACCCAAGGCUGUCGGCUCCUGACAACAAAUAAGACACAUACUACAUGCUCUUGUAACCACCUGACCAAUUUUGCAGUACUGAUGGCACAUGUGGAAGUUAAGCAUAGUGAUGCUGUCCAUGACCUUCUUCUGGAUGUGAUCACCUGGGUUGGAAUUUUGCUGUCCCUUGUGUGCCUCCUGAUUUGCAUCUUCACAUUUUGCUUUUUCCGUGGGCUCCAGAGUGACCGUAACACCAUCCAUAAGAACCUCUGCAUCAGCCUUUUUGUAGCAGAACUGCUCUUCUUGAUUGGGAUCAACAGAACAGAUCAACCAAUUGCCUGUGCAGUUUUUGCUGCCCUAUUACAUUUCUUCUUCUUGGCUGCCUUCACCUGGAUGUUCCUGGAGGGAGUGCAGCUCUAUAUCAUGCUGGUGGAGGUUUUUGAGAGUGAACAUUCACGAAGGAAAUACUUCUACCUGGUUGGCUAUGGGAUGCCUGCCCUCAUUGUGGCUGUGUCAGCUGCUGUAGACUAUAGGAGUUAUGGAACUGAUAAAGUAUGUUGGCUCCGACUUGACACCUACUUCAUUUGGAGUUUUAUAGGACCAGCGACCUUGAUAAUUAUGCUUAAUGUAAUCUUCCUUGGGAUUGCUUUAUAUAAAAUGUUUCAUCACACUGCCAUUCUGAAACCUGAAUCUGGCUGUCUUGAUAAUAUCAAGUCAUGGGUUAUAGGUGCAAUAGCUCUUCUCUGCCUAUUAGGAUUGACCUGGGCCUUUGGACUCAUGUAUAUUAAUGAAAGCACAGUCAUCAUGGCGUAUCUCUUCACCAUUUUCAAUUCUCUACAGGGAAUGUUUAUAUUCAUUUUCCAUUGUGUCCUACAAAAGAAGGUACGAAAAGAGUAUGGGAAAUGCCUGCGAACACAUUGCUGUAGUGGCAAAAGUACAGAGAGCUCCAUCGGCUCAGGGAAAACAUCUGGUUCCCGAACUCCUGGGCGCUACUCCACAGGCUCACAGAGCCGAAUUCGUAGAAUGUGGAAUGAUACAGUCCGAAAGCAGUCUGAGUCUUCCUUCAUUACUGGAGAUAUAAACAGUUCAGCGUCACUCAACAGAGAGGGGCUUCUGAACAAUGCCAGGGAUACAAGUGUCAUGGAUACUCUACCACUGAAUGGUAACCAUGGCAACAGUUACAGCAUUGCCAGUGGUGAAUACCUGAGCAACUGUGUGCAAAUCAUAGACCGUGGCUAUAACCAUAACGAGACCGCCCUAGAGAAAAAGAUUCUGAAGGAACUCACUUCCAACUAUAUCCCAUCUUACCUGAAUAACCAUGAGCGCUCCAGCGAACAGAACAGGAAUCUGAUGAACAAGCUGGUGAACAACCUGGGCAGUGGGAGUGAAGAUGAUGCCAUUGUCCUGGAUGAUGCCACCUCCUUCAACCAUGAGGAAAGUCUGGGCCUGGAAUUGAUUCAUGAGGAAUCAGAUGCUCCUUUGCUGCCCCCAAGAGUCUACUCCACAGAGAACCAUCAGCUACACCAUUACACCAGAAGGCGGAUCCCCCAAGACCACAGUGAGAGCUUUUUCCCUUUGUUAACCAACGAGCACACAGAAGAUCUCCAGUCACCCCACAGGGACUCUCUCUACACCAGCAUGCCAGCGCUGGCUGGCGUGCCCACUGCAGAGAGCGUUACCACCAGCACCCAGACCGAACCCCCACCGGCCAAAUGUGGUGAUGCUGAAGAUGUUUACUACAAAAGCAUGCCAAACCUAGGCUCCAGAAACCACGUCCAUCAGCUGCACACCUACUACCAGCUAGGUCGCGGUAGCAGUGAUGGGUUUAUAGUUCCUCCAAACAAAGAUGGGACCCCUCCAGAGGGAAGUUCAAAAGGACCAGCUCAUUUGGUCACUAGCCUAUAGAAGAUGACAGAAAUUUAAGCCAACAAGACUGCUAACACCUGAUAGACUGUGCUGAGUUGAUAUACGCAGUGGUAAUAAUGUGUGUUCUUUUAAAUCUUUAUGCUGUUCUUGAACGACAAACACAAACUCUCAGACUCCUUUUUUUUUUUUUUUUUUUUAAACUGGGAUUUUUAGGUCAGCCCAGGGGAAAAAGAUAACUGCUGAAAUUCCCCUGUGCCCUCUCCUUUCUUGCCCUUCACCCCCCGCACCCAAGAUGGAGACUUCAUUAUGUUAAUGAACGAGAUUUGAAGAAAAUGGCACUCAUUGUGGCCUUGUUGAAUUAUGUUGUGUUUGUUCUAACAUCUCUGAUGCUCUGUUACUAUAAUUACAAGGACCUGAUUUUUUCAAAGGCCAGAAUGGUUGUUUGAAGUUAGUAACAAUGCUGCAUCUAGACUGGAGUGUUGCACAAACAUACAAGCAAAGCAAACUGUAUCACAUAGUGGUUUUUAGUCAUUCACAACCUGAAUUCACCACAGUGGGAAUAGCUGUGGUAUACAAAAUCAAACAACAGAAUCAAUAAUGAAAUGGAGGGGAAUUCUAGAAUUAUAUGCUAAAUGCAUAUUUUAUGAUUUGCUGUAUUAACUGAUGAUAAACUAAUGGCAGAAAAAAAACUGAACAAUUUCUAUGUAAUGUACAGAUACUAGCAUUGCACAUGUAGUCUGCUUUCUGUUCCUCCAGAAUUUGAGUCCUGUUAAUGUAGUGGAAAAAAAAAAAAAAAAAAAGAAAUUUUCUUUUUCUUUCGUGCUGGUCUUGCAAGUUUGUCUACCAGUUAAGAGCAAAGUUUCCUUCCUUUCUUCUUUCUUUUCUUUCUUCAUUUCUUUCUUUUCUUUCCUUUCUUUCGUUCCUUUUUUCUUUAAAAUUUCACCUGGCAAAAAAUAAAUAAAUAAAUGAAGCUAUCACUUUAUAAGAAUCAUUUUCUAGUAAUGCAAACAAAUUAUUUUUUACAAAAAAAUAAAAUAAAUAAAAUUAGACUUCCUUCCCUCACUAUAUAUCUUUAUUCAGUCAGAAUAUUUCCAAGAGCAUUUUUGCAAGUUAGAGCAGGAAGAACUUUUAUGUUUACAGUGCACAUCUGUUGUAAUGCAAAGCAUAUUUGGCAAGCAGUUCAUCACUAAGACAGUAGCUAUGAUUCUAGAAGUCAAGAGAUGUCAGUAGAACUAGUGGGGCUUCUGCAUGUGAAAAACGGUAUCCCAUAGGUGUGAAAGUGCUGACUACUCAGUCUGAUCCCUAAGUGGGCACCUGCACUACCAAUUUUUAAAGGAAAUUCACUCAAUUGUAGAAAGAAUCAAAAGGUCAAGUUAUUUUGAAGUGAUUUAAAAAAGAAAACUCCUCUGUUUAUUAACAGGAAAAUUAUUUAUUUGACAGGAUUUUAAGUAAUGUAGGAUUAUAAGAGGUAAAUUAGCAGCACAUACAAUUUUUUUUUUAAUUUAUGAUCCAUUUUGUAUGGUCUCAAAGUUGGAUGACCUCAUUACUAAUAUUUGUUGUAAAAGUGAAACUUGUUUGCCAACCAAUAAACAACUGAUUGAGAUUUAGAAGAUAUUGUAUUGAUGUAUGUACUAUAUGAUUAAUUAUUCUUUUCAUUUUUCUCACCUUUCUUUCCUUCUGUUUUCAGUAUAUAAAUUCUGCUAAUCCUCUGUGGCCCAAAUGAGCCGUGCUAAAGAAAUCAAUCUGCCUAGGUGAAUAAACUAAGCACAAAAUUAGUUUUUGCAGACAAAGUAUAAGAGAAAAAUGAGAUGGGCAUUUUUAUGUUGGCUGAAAUAAGAUGCAUAACUUACUUUCAAGCAGGUUAAUAUAUAGAUUACUAUGUGCUUAUUUAUAAGCCAGCUUCAGUCACACGGCUUAUUAUAAAAGUCAGCUUCAAUCAGAGAUUUAAAGUAUUCGGAAAAGAAGGAUCAUAUUUUUUCCUCCAUUGUAUUCUUCAUUUUGAUGUUAAAUAGUUAAAUUAAUUACAUUGGCUAAAAAUGCAAGAAUAAUGGCAAAGAGAAUACCCAUUUUAUAAACAUAAGACAUUUUUAUGCUAUUUUUUGGUUGUUUUUCUAUGUAUAGAUAAAAUGAGAGGGAAAAAGUCCUUUCAAAGAAACUUUCUAGAUCUCCAGUUACUGAAGAAUCUUUACCAGCAGUGUGCAAGCAUGGGGACCCUCCUAGGGCAAAGUUAGAAUGAAUUUGCCAAAUUAUAAUUUCUAAUUGUAUUAUAUGAUUUCUUGGUGAUUUUUUUUCUUUAUUUUUUCAAAAAAUUUAAACAUCAGCCACCUAUAAAUUAAUUUCUUGAAUUAAGAUUAGAAAGAGUAGUUUAGAGAGUAGCCCGUAAUCUAUGUAUACAGUUUUAAUAUAAAAUGAAACAAAAAAUUCUGUACUGGGCCAGAGUACAUCAUAACCUUAAAUUAAUAUCACCUCAAAAUAUCUUAUGCAUCAUUCCUUUUAGUCACUUGACAUAAAUAUUUUUUAAGUCUACACUUGUCUCUAAGUUACAGGAGAACCACAAGCUUUAUGAGUAAUUAGGUUUUCAAUUACCACAUAUGGCAAUAUUAGCUCCUAAAAGGUGGUUAGUCUAUCUGGUAUAUAGAAUACAUUUGAUAAUGAAUGAAUCCCUUUUAGACAUGCUUAAGGUAAUUUCAGAAACACAAAUGUAGUCUGUGGAUUUAUGAGUACUUACACUAGUUUUGCCAAUCCAAAAGUAAUCUAUAUGAAAACAACUCCAUCAAUAAGAAGCUAGUUUCACAGAAUAAUGGGGAAACUACCUCAAUUCAGCUUGCUGAUGAUGCCAAUUCUGAUUUUCUGCUAUUGCUACCUCCCUGACCAUUAUUUUUUGUGUUUCAUUAUAUGGAAAUUUGAAGCUGAUAAUCUCCCAGCUCUACAUAGUCCAAGUUGAAGAAGAUCACUUGAAUACAUAGACUGAUGGGGAAAGCCCUUCAGUUCUGUUGGUAACCACCAAGCGCUUAUGUCAAGAUGAAAGGGUCAGAUUUUUGAACUUGCAUACAUCAUAAUUGGUGUGCUUUCAGAGAGACUUAAGAUCCCAAAGACUUUCACAAGAAGAGAUUAUUCCCCCAAAUUGAAUGUGACUAUAGUGAAGACAAAAUAGUGGAUGAAAGAGUUAAUUAUGUAUACAUUUCAAUAGAAAUUUGUGUCUGUCUGUCAUGUAUUCCUCUAGUCCUCUUUACAGGAGCAAGGGUUGAAUUCCUGAAUUUGAAUCUUCUUUCACGUGCAUUUUCAUGUGUGGCAAUUGAUAAUAACUUUUAAAUUUUCUUAAUCAUAUUUGGGUGACCCUAUACUUUCAGUACUCUGUGACAUUCAUCACCCUUUUAUUUGCAUAUUUUGGUGUAUUUAUCUGAUUUUCCAUCAAAAAGUAAAUUUUCACCAAACAUACUAUACUACAUUGUACAUUAUUUGGAGAACUGGAAGUAAAAGUUAUGCAGUGAAACAAGUUAUUAUUUCCAAGUAAAAUAACAUUUUUAUAACAUUUUACAAUUUGUUUCCUUUUUGAGGUCUGUUUCACAUGAUACUUUAAUAGGGCAUUAGCUUACAAACCUCGUGUCUAGUUGAUUUAGAAAAUGUUGGAUUGUUGCAUAGCCCAUGUUCCUAAUUGAUAAUAUUUAUGGAGAAAUAUAAAUUUUGUGAGGAGAAAUAGGCAGGAAUUCCAAUUAAGUUUUUGAGCAUCUUUUGUUUUCACUCUAUUAAAAUUAAAAAUACUAUAGUUAAAUAAUAAAUUGUUAUGCUAAAAUAAUCAUAAUGGCAAAAAAUAAUUGGCAUGAAAAAUUAUCUUGAAGUUAAAAAUAGUCAGUAUAAUGUAGUAAUUAAAUGCAGGUAAAGGACACCCCUUCACCUCCUGUAAUGCAAAUUUUAUAAUGACUGAAAUUAAAAUGUAGUUGUGAUUUGUAUUUUUAAAUUACCAUUAGCCUAAAAAUGUUGACAUUAUGAGGAAAGGUUUUUAAGAUUUCAUAUUUAAAUUUUUUAAUAUUAACUUAGUUGGUAUAACAAAAGUUUUCAUAAUAAUGGAAAAAAGGAUAUAUUAUAAAUGAAUUAUUUAAGAACCCAUAAACUUAAAGUCAGGGAAUAUCUGCAGCUUUUUCCCUCAAACCUGUUCAAUCCAUUGUAAUUUGCCUGCUUUAAAAAAUGAGAUUAAAAACUUCAAAGACUAACUUUUUGCUCAAUUAUGGAGACCAAAAGGGAGAGGAAAAUAUUUCUUCUAGGUUGUCUAAAGAUCAACUUCAAAAUCACCUCCUAUUAGUGAAAGAAGAAUUCCUUUUUUUAGAAGUUGUCCAUCAGUACUGUACCAAAGUGCAACUGCUUAUGGUAUUUUUCAAAAAACACUGUAGAACUAGUAUGUAAUUGUUCAUAUUUAGAGAGAGAAAAAUUUAGAAAGAAAAAAAUAAGAACCCAAAUCCUAAUUUGAUUUGAUUUUGAGUAACUCUGAAAAUGCUGACAAGAAUGUCCUUUCUUCUUUAACAAAUAUAUAUUUUAGAUAAAAUAGCAAUAUGUAUGAUCUCCCCAAUGUACUAUAAUAAUAGUAUCAAGAUAUUAAGAAUUAAUUAGCUCAUGUUUAGCAAUUCCUAAUUAUAGCUCACUACCUAAGUAAUUAUUAUGCAUUUCUAAGUAAUACUUUAAAUAUGUCUUAUGUUAGAUUUCUAUACAUAAAUUAGUAACAUGGAAGCACAAAAGUGAAGCAGCAACAUUGCAAAAUAGCUUAUGGAAGCAUUUUUGUGCAAAUGAAUUCUACAUGAGAAUCAUCUUUGAGCUUGUAAAAUAAAUUCGAUGGAUCCCAACCAUAAAUUCAAUUUUGUAAUCAGUAGCAAAAAGGUCCCUAUAUAAUCAUCUGAAGAAUAUUGACAAAUAUCUAAAUUUUCAUUUCCAGACUAAAAUAAGUUCAAGUGUUUAUAGCUUCUUCUUUCCUGCUUAGGCCAGAAGAGGAACUUUCCUAUUUGCUAAUUAACCUGAUUACUUCCUCUUUGCUUUAAAAAGGAAAUCAGCCAACUUUCAUCUGUACACAUACUUCCAUAUGCCAUUUAUUUUAUUUCCUGUUUGCAGAGGAAAUAGCUUGUUUACAUUAUUGCAAACUUUGUGAUUUUUGCAAUGAAACAGAUAGUUGUUAUGGUUUUGCAUCUUCUCAUUUGAAAUAAAGUUAUUGCCAUUCCCUAUUCUUAAGAAGUUAAAAGCCAGCAAUUCUUUAAUAUCUAGGAUCUUUAAGUUAUUAUUCAAAUGUGUUGAUUUCAACAUUUCUGUCUCUUAAUAGUACAUCACACAAAUCUUUCUAAACUCAUAUCCCCUUAGAGUAUUUCAAAGGUAAAUACAAACUAUGGUUUUUAAGAAGGCGUGUGAAAGGAGAACUUUGAUUUAUGUGAAGAAGUCAUAGAAGACUAUAUAAGGAAAAAAACCUCUGUUGAAGUAAUAAAGUGUUUUCAACCACAAUAUGUACAGAAGAGCAGAACCAAGUUGAAUUCAUGGUGAGGUAACUAGAACUAAAUUAGAGAUACAGAGAAAGGUUAUCUAGAAAGAAAUAAUAAAAUUACUUAGAGUGAUAAAAAUCUUAAACACUGUACCAAAUGUUAUUGAUGUAUUGAAAAAAAUCAAAUUUAAGUUUACCAUAUUAUAAUUUUUACCACAGAAAACACUAAACACUUUUAACCCUCUUUAGAGAUUUCUUGUUUAGUCUUGUCUCAAGGAAACAUGAAUAUUUUAUAAAUGUCUCUUAAAUAGGAGUAUUUUUGCCUCAAUUCACAGUCACGCUGUAGUCUGCUUACUCUAUUGUAUGUCAACAUAGUUAAUGCUACUAGUAGCUUUGUACCUUUUAGAGCUUUAUUAUGAAUCUUUCUAAUAAACAUUAAAUUAACAUUAAAUUGGAAUUAUGUACAUUGUGCAAAACAAUUCAUAACUAAGCAAUAAUCAUUAAUUCAUUAUAUAUAUAUAUGAAUAAACUUUGAGACUGAAUAAUACAAAUUAUUAACAAUGCUGAAAAUAGUACUCUCAAGUCCUUCUCUCUCUUCAGUUAUUGUAGUCAAUUCAUAAAAUUCUGCAGACAGUUGUACACAUGACGUGUUAUCAAAGUACUCCAUAAUCCAAGUAUGUCUAAAAGUUCCCAGUGCUUCUUUCAUUCUAAAAUGCCAAAGGAAAGAGCUUGAAAGAAGAAGAAAGUAAUGCCUUCUAAGGAUCUUAUUUAGGUAAACAUUGUCAUUCAGAAUGAAUAAUUUUAAAAGGAAAAUGUUCCAUUUUGUGGUCUGAGGGAGAGGUUAUUAAAGUCUACAGUUAGCCCAAUGUUGGAUAAUUUUAAAUUUUAAAGGAGUUAAGUUUGUCUCAGUGGCCCAAGAGUGCAGAAUUUCACAAUAUAUUGGCAAGGAAAUAGGUUUAAAAUCCAUACCUAAAUUGGCUUUUAAAUGUUAAGAAUUCCUCUGAUUCUUCUGAAAGUGGAGCAGGUAAAAUAGAGCCAGAUUCAAAAUGAAAUAUAUUGGUUGACCUCAAAAGGCAAAAUAACAACACCUCUUUAGUAGUAGGUAGAGGUCUUUGGUGAUGGAACUCAGGAUACAGUGACUAAACAGAAUGUCUUCUUAUGCUGACCACUGCCUUGUCCUCUAGUGCAUUUUUUAAUGCCUUGUAUUUCAAUUUGUCACCAUGUCUUAUGUUUUGAAUGACAUCAUGAAUCAAGAGAUUAGGAAAAAACAUUUAAAAUUGAUUUUCAUGCCUCAUUUGAAAAUAGAGAUUUCCUUUACCAUCCUAAGUAAUAUAAGAUGAUAUGUCUUGAAGCAGCUGUGGACAAUCAGAAUGUGUUCAUUUAUAAACAAGUCUUAUUUGUAUAUUCUAACACUGAUCUUUGCCUAUGAACUACAACGUUAAGAAUUGUAGAGAGGGUCAACUUGAUUUCCCUUAAUGGCUUCUGUGAAUAUAUUGGAAAAUGGAAGGAUAAUUAGAAAAGUUUUUUCAUACUGUUUUCCCACUUGCCAAGCAUUAAAUCUAAUUCAAAAUACAUCUUUUUAAAAAUGAUAGUUUAUUUUAAAAACUAACAAAUAAUGAACCAUUUCUCAUUGAUAAAAAUCACUUUUUUAGAAACUAGAAUAUAGCUAUUGCAGGCUUUGGUCUCUUACAUUCUCAUAUAUUUACACAUGGCAUUAAAAUUAUCAUAUACACUUACCAGAUUUCAAUCUAUUGGAUUUUUUCCCUUGUACAACGUUUCCAACUUUUUUUUUCCCCUUAAAUCUUCUGUACAAUCACAUGUAAAAUCAUAAGCUACAAACCUCAAUAAAAAAAUAUCAGUAAACAAUAA